AUGGAUGAUCCCCGAUAUGAUCCUCGUAUGCUAGCCAAGUAUGGAGUGGAUCCUGAACAAGAUAAGCGCCACAGGGAGCUCCUCAUGAAGGAGUUGACGAAGGUGCGUCAGGAUGCCCGGGAGAAGACGGAGUUUGAUAAUCUGCCUUUAAAGGAAUUGCGCGAUAACUACCGCCGCCUGUACGCUGAAGCGUGUAUUGAUAUGGAGAAGAUACGGGAUCCAACUUACCUGGAGGUCCUCAACUACACAAAGGCCCAUCUUACCCCUGAUGAGUUCAAAUCGAUCCGCAUCGAGGUGUAUGCUGCUUGCAACAAGAUUUCAAUGCAGCAGGCUACAUUGGACAAAAUAGCCCACCUGGUGGUGCUGCACGAGCCUUCAACUUAA